AUGGCCGCCUCGGAGCCCACCUUGGGAACGGGGCGGGACGCCCAGCUGGCGUCACCAGGACAACGGGCGUUGCCGGCGCCGUGUGACUCCGGGCUGCGGGCGCGCUCGCGGCUCUUCGGCCAUGGCCCCGCUGCCUUCAAACUGCUGCUCCUCUGUCUUGGAAUGAGAGCUACGUCAUGCAGGUUUUUGAAGAGCACAGACUUGGUUUCCGGGAGCCCUCUGACUCUCGCAGAGGUUUUCUCAAAUAACGAUGAAGGCCUUAUUAACAAAAAGUUACCCAAAGAACUUCUCUUAAGAAUAUUUUCCUUCUUGGAUAUAGUAACUUUGUGCCGAUGUGCACAGAUUUCCAAGGCCUGGAACAUUUUAGCCCUGGAUGGAAGCAACUGGCAAAGAAUAGACCUUUUUAACUUUCAGACAGAUGUGGAGGGUCGAGUAGUGGAAAAUAUCUCCAAGCGAUGCGGUGGGUUCCUGAGGAAGCUCAGCCUGCGGGGUUGCAUCGGUGUUGGGGACUCCUCCUUGAAGACCUUUGCACAGAACUGCCGCAACAUUGAACAUUUAAACCUCAAUGGUUGUACCAAAAUCACUGACAGCACGUGUUAUAGCCUUAGCAGAUUCUGUUCCAAGCUGAAACAUCUGGAUCUGACUUCCUGUGUGUCUAUUACAAACAGCUCCUUGAAGGGGAUCAGUGAGGGCUGCCGAAACCUGGAAUACCUGAACCUGUCGUGGUGUGACCAGAUCACGAAGGACGGCAUCGAGGCGCUGGUGCGAGGUUGUCGCGGCCUGAAAGCCCUGCUCCUGAGGGGCUGCACGCAGUUAGAAGACGAAGCCCUGAAGCACAUUCAGAAUUACUGCCACGAGCUCGUGAGCCUCAACCUACAGUCCUGCUCGCGCGUGACGGAUGAAGGAGUCGUGCAGAUUUGCCGCGGCUGCCAUCGGCUGCAGGCCCUGUGCCUCUCCGGCUGCAGCCACCUCACGGACGCCUCCCUCACAGCCCUGGCUCUCAACUGCCCGCGACUCCAUCACUACCUUUUCCUCCCGUGCACUUCGCAUCCCAGGAUUUUGGAGGCUGCUCGGUGUUCCCAUUUGACUGAUGCAGGCUUUACACUUCUAGCUCGGAAUUGCCACGAUCUGGAGAAGAUGGAUCUUGAGGAAUGCGUCCUGAUAACCGACAGCACUCUCAUCCAGCUCUCCGUCCACUGUCCCAAGCUGCAAGCCCUGAGUCUGUCCCACUGUGAGCUCAUCACAGAUGAUGGGAUCCUGCACCUGAGCAACAGCACCUGCGGCCACGAGGGGCUGCGGGUCCUAGAACUAGACAACUGUCUCCUCAUCACCGACGUGGCCCUGGAGCACCUGGAGAGCUGCCGUGGCCUGGAGCGCCUGGAGCUGUACGACUGCCAGCAGGUCACCCGCGCGGGCAUCAAGCGGAUGCGGGCUCAGCUCCCUCACGUCAAAGUCCACGCCUACUUUGCUCCCGUCACCCCCCCGACAGCAGUGGGAGGAAGCGGACAGCGACUGUGCAGGUGCUGUGUCAUUCUCUGAUGGCAGCGGCCAAGCCCAAGGCGCGAGGUGUCCCUUCCUCCAGAGAAGACCCAAGUCUUCCCGACCUGCCCCACCUUCGCCCAGAUCUCUUGGUUCUCCAUUGGGAAAGGCACGUUCAGGUAAAAGACUCCGGUAGGGACCGCAGGAACUCCGGUGAGAGUUUUCACCUUUAUUCUGCUACGAGGCAAUCACGUCACAGCCCGGAGUCUGGUGGCACGAGGCAAGAGCGGCCUCGGGGUAGCUGGGCCACACGGGAGAGGUGGGGGCCUUCUUAGGAAGUCCCGCCCUUGGCUGUGUCGGCGUUCCUCAGACCGACCAUCAGUGUUAGCACAAAUUGAGCAGAAGAAAUAAGCUGUUGAUCUUCUAGCUGAUACUUAAGCCAGCGGCCUACUUUAAUUCACACGGAUUCCAUUUUGACGAGCAGGACUUUUCCACUUUGAAGACUAAAUAGCAACUUUCUCAAAGUGACUGUACUGCAAAUCCAUGAUGCCUGCUGGUUUUGUAUGUAGAGCCUUGGGUGGGAGGCAAGUUAGCCGGUUUCCAUGAGACACCAAAGAAAUGAGGACUCUGAACUGGGUGGGGCAGGGUCUUCACCCUCCUGUGUCCGUCAGCUUGUCACACACACUUUCGGGAACCGAGAGCUGAACACACACGGCUCGGAGGUCGUGUCGCUGCCUGACCAGACGGGGGCUGUGGCCCGUGCCGCGGCACGGAGUGCGUUUUCGUUAUAGGAGAAGAGCUAACCACGCCAUCUCUCGCAAGACCUGGGGGACCUUAAAGAAACGGAACGACGGCUUAAGUUAUCUACAGUAUAAUCAAUUAAAAAUAAUGAAUGGA